AUGAAGCAAACGCAUCCUGACCUUGCGGGUUCUCAGGCCGUGAUUCAACUGCUAUGGAGAUCUUUUUAUUUUCACGCAUUUCACCCCUUCCCCGAUAGUUCGACAGAUGAGAGAAUUGACUGGGAGGCCUUUCAGCGUGCCUUUUUGUUCCAGGUCGCGCAAGGCGCUGAUCUCCUGGGCGUGCUAGAAGAGGCCGAUAUGUACUGGCAGUUUCAGUACGACCAGAAUCUUGUUUAUCAAGCCAAAGUGAAAAGGAUCUUCAGAAGCAUCGCAGUUCCUGAACGGACAAUCGCUUUAAUAGAAGAUGAAUCGAAUUUUGCCGUGGAAGAGACUGCUGAUGUCGUGGCCAUGAUGCAGCCUUUCUUUCCGCCUCAUGCACCCGUGCAAGAAGAGGUUGUCCCUGCUGCAAAACGUCUAUUUGCUGGGAAUACUACUCAAAGCAGACGACGCGUAGCUCGAAAACAUUUCGUGACCUUACUGAGUAUUCUCAUUCGGCUGAGACUAAAUGCGUCUGCCCCGUUCGGCAGAUUCGAGAAAGAAGACCCCAGUGACGAGUUACCAAUCAUCUUUUUGGACUCACUAGGUGGCCAGGACCAAGAGUACCUGGAGCUUGAUCAAGUCACAUCGAUACUAUACCUACUCGUCAGUAUUAAUCUUCCAAUGUUAAUGGGUAUGGUUCAAGACGAUCAGAUCUGGCUAACAUAA